AUUCUAUUCCCUACCAUUCCUCCCCUCCUUCCCCACGCCCGCCACGUGGCACCAGCCCCCGCCGGGCCCGCUCACCGACCGGGUCCUCCACUACUCCAGCUCCGCCAGUCACUGGAAGGUGGACCAGGGUUCGGAGCGGGGCCCGCCAGCCGGUAGGAAACGCGGCUUGCGUGGUGCCACGCGCAAACUGCCGGUGGCCCGCCGCUCCAGCUCGCGCGCGCAUCUGCCGUUCCGCCGCCGGCCCUUUUAUUUCCGCGCCGGCCAGCUCGUGCCAGACCAGACGAGCUCCACAACCGAACCCAAGUGGCCAUGGCCGAAAGCGACCACCACCGAGGCGUCGUCACUGCCGUUGUUGCCAGCGACCUUCUGGAGCCCCCCGUUGCGGCAGCGGCGAUCACCGCCGUUAAUUCCUCCUGCUAUGACGAGGAGGAGGACGAGGAAGGCUUCACCUUCGCCGCCGUGCAGCGUCUGGCUGCCGGCGGAGCGUUCCCCGACGGCCGCAUCGGCCCCGUGUACCCCGUCUUCGGGCGCCCGCGGUCGCCGCCGCUGCAGGAGACGGAGGAGGAUCCGGGCACGGCCACCGCGCUGGUGCCGCUGGGGCAGCUCCUCCUGGAGGAGCGCGGCGCCGGCGCGCCGUCAGGGCAGCCCGCGGACGACGACGGCGGCGGGCUUGACGGGGUGCCCGCGGAAACGUACUGCCUGUGGUCCCCCGGGGCUUCGCCGGCGCUGAGAUCUCGGUCCCCGUCCCCGGCGCGCUGCCGGAAGAGCGGCUCCACGGGUUCGGUCCUCCGGUGGCGGCACCGGGUCGUCGGGCGGAGCCACAGCGACGGCAAGGAGAAAUUCGUGUUCCUGGACGCGAGCUCCCACUCGGAGCGCAGCGCCGGUGGAGGAGGCCAUGACCGGACGAACCGUGGGAGAGGCGGCGGCGGCGACGGCAGGAAGCCGACGUUCCUCCCGUACAAGCAGGAGCUUGUCGGCUUCUUUGCCAACGCCGGCGCGUUGCGGCGGAGCUACCUCCCGUUCUGACGCAGAACGACUGUAACGCGUAAUGUUGUUUACAUCUGUGGCUAUGCUGUCCGUAUUGAUUAGUGCUUAGCUUAAGUUAAUUCUAGUAUUUAGAGCUAAACAAGUGUAACUGAGAUCUGUGUAGUUGUUGCCGCUCAUGUCUGGUUGGCUGGGUACAAAUUGAGUCUUCAGGAAAACACUGAACAAAAGACAAAUAUUUGAAGUUUCCAACA